GAUUGUAACAGAGGAGUCUGAACAUCCCUACAUGAGACCCCCUCUCUCUAAAGAACUCUGGUUCUCGGAUGACCCCAAGGUCACUGAAACACUGCGCUUCAAACAAUGGAACGGCAAAGAGAGGAGUAUUUACUUCCAACCUCCCUCGUUCUACAUCAGUCCCGCGGAUCUUGCUAAAGUUGAGAAUGGGGGUGUGGCUGUGCUCACGGGCCGUAAGGUGGUACACAUGGAUGUCAGAGAAAACAAAGUCAAACUGAGUGAUGGUGCAGAGAUCUCCUAUGAAAAGUGCUUGAUUGCCACAGGUGGGGUGCCUAGGAACCUUCAAGUGAUUGAAAGGGGAACAGAGGAGGUGACGAAGAGGACAACCCUCUUUAGGAAAAUUGAAGAUUUUAGAUCUCUAGAGAAGAUCAGCAGAGAGGUGAAGUCCAUUACCAUCAUUGGCGGAGGUUUCCUCGGUAGCGAGCUUGCAUGUGCCAUGGGUCGCAGAUCUAUGGACCCUGGUUUAGAGGUGAUCCAGAUGUUCCCAGAGAAGGGUAACAUGGGAAAAGUACUGCCUGAAUACUUGAGUAACUGGACCACUGAGAAAGUUCGGAAAGAGGGUGUGAACGUUAUCCCAGAUGCUCUAGUGAAAAAUGUGAGCUACAAGAAUGACCAAUUGGAGAUCAAACUGAAGGAUGGUCGAGUGGUGAAGACGGACCACAUUGUGGCAGCAGUUGGUUUGGAGCCCAAUGUGGAACUUGCCAAAUCAGGCGGGCUGGAGGUGGACUCUGAUUUCGGAGGGUACCGGGUUAACGCUGAGCUCCAGGCUCGCUCCAAUAUCUGGGUGGCAGGGGAUGCUGCAUGUUUUUAUGACAUCAGACUGGGCCGCCGGCGCGUGGAGCACCAUGAUCACGCGGUGGUCAGCGGCAGACUGGCUGGAGAGAACAUGACUGGAGCCAACAAACCCUAUUGGCAUCAGUCUAUGUUCUGGAGUGAUCUAGGACCAGAUGUUGGAUAUGAAGCCAUCGGUAUAGUGGACAGCAGUCUGCCCACCGUGGGAGUGUUUGCUAAAGCCACGGCUAAGGACACACCAAAAGCUGCAACCGUACAAUCAGGCACUGGAAUCCGUUCCGAGAGUGAGACGGAGGAGGUUGCCGGGGCGUUUGAGGCAGGAACAGCGGCCCCUCCACCUCCUAUCCAGCAGAAGGAGGAUUAUGGGAAGGGAGUGAUAUUUUACCUGAGGGACAAAGUGGUGGUUGGUAUCAUUCUGUGGAACGUCUUCAACAGAAUGCCCGUCGCAAGGAAGAUCAUCAAAGAUGGAGAGGAACAUACAGAUCUGAAUGAGGUGGCCAAGCUUUUCAACAUCCAUGAGGACUGAAUAAUCUUUAGUUUUCUCUGUUCUCUUUCCAUAUCUCUGUGGAGUGAACUUGGAAAAAGACAUACACACACUCACAGAACAAACACAUACAGGCUUACAACAGCCUGUCAUCUGUCAUUAUGACCUUGAACUCUUUGAGAUCAGGACACAUGCAAUGCUGCCUCUGGGGCUGUGAUUUCAAUGUGCUCAUGGAUUGGUUCAAACAGUUUUACUUAAUUUUCUACUGAGGGAAAUCUAUACCUGUUGUUUGUAUUGAAAAGUGCUGUGUUUUUUUCCUGUUGAGGUCAGUAAAUUUUCAUAUCACCUCUUGAAUGCAUCCCUUCUGAACACCUCCUCCAAAGCCUGACGGGAUAACCACUUUUGUUGAAUAUUGCAAUAAAAAUUGCAUUUUGAAUCAAACAAAACCAGAUGAAAGACAUUCCUCUGACACCUGGUUGCACAGUUUUCUGUCUGCACGAUCAAAGCAGCUGGUACAAAUGAAACUAAAUAAAAGUAAAUUAUUUUUAUUUAUG